AAUAAUUUUUUUAUUAUGUGUUUUUCAAUUUCGCUUUCAUGUUGCGGUCACAACAGAUACAGAAAAAUAUGUCAGCCAUUUGAGUGGCAGAUCACCAUCGCUCAAUCCAAGAUCAUCGCAGCAGCUAUUGCGAUCAUUUCCCUUCUAUGCGCGAUUCCUUACGGAAUCCUACAUGGCCGCCAGAAAAAGGUAACCAAGCUUCCCGGUAUCCAUGGUUACACCUGUGAGUUUGAUGACGCCUACAAUGCGACCAUUUGGCCUAUGGUCAAUUCGAUACUCUUCAUUUCCAUUUUUGUGUUUGGCUCCAUCCCGAUGUUGGUCUUUUAUGCUCUGAUUGGAAGGCUCGCGCGCAGACACGGUAAGGCUUCCAUAAACACAAUCAUAACGGUCAACUCACACCAAGAUGACGUCAUCAGUGACGUCACUACGAAAUCAACGGAUGACUGCAUCGUUUCAUCGCCCAUGGUCGAAAAAGCAGGACAGACAUCAACCAUCGUUAGAUGGAAUGAGACAUCAUCCACACUGCACACGUCUUUGGCUGAAGCUAAGAGCGGACAGCAGUGCCAGGCUACCAUAACAAAUGCAACGACUGCGCCAGGGAAAACGCUAAGACCCGAGGGGCUAAGUCGAACAACGUUGAUGCUGCUUGCCGUCAGUCUCGUUUUCGUCAUCUCCUUUCUCCGGUUCUUGACGCUGGAAUGUUUCAAGGCGACCGCCCCUCGUGCUUUCUCAUCUCUGAGCGGCCCGUCCCUUGUACUGUUCCAUCUGUUCCACAGGUCUUUUCUUAUCAACAGCGCUGCCAAUCCAAUCAUCUACAGUGUUUGUAACAUCAAAUUCAGGAAAGAAUGUCUGAAAUUAUUCUCAUGUUCGUAA